GCCAGACUGAGCCAGCGCAAUGGAUGCAAAAAUGGAUUCAUCUGACGACCGGGGAGUGCAGCUCCUGGACAUCAGCUCCAACUCGCCCUCUCCUGAGCCCCGAGGUGCGGAGGAGGUGUCAAGCCAGUGGGCGAAACCACCCUAUUCAUACGUGGCUCUCAUCGCUAUGGCAAUAGAAGACUCUACGGACAAGAGACAAACGCUGGGCGGAAUAUACGACUUCAUCAUCUCCAACUUUCCCUACUAUGAGAAGAACAAAAAAGGUUGGCAAAAUAGCAUACGACACAAUCUGUCUCUCAAUGAGUGCUUUAUCAAAGUCCCCCGGGAGAUUGGGGCUGACAAGAAGGGCAACUUUUGGAUGCUGGACCCCGCAUUUGAGGACAUGUUUGAGAAGGGGAACUACCGGCGGCGGAGGAGGGUGAGGAGACCCUACAGACCAUCCACCGUUCCUUACUUGACCGGGAACCCCGUGGACUUGUCCAAACCUCUCUACCUAGAACCUUUUGUGAGCGGCACCUGGGGUCUGUGCAUUCCCGGCUCCGAGCCCUCUCGAUACCCACCUGUGCAUCCCCGCAGCGUGUCUCCCAACGGGACAUAUUGCACGGUCCCAAACUUUUACCACCCUCCAUACGGUGGCACUGGUUACCAUCACCACCCGUCUGUACUGGUCCCUCAAAACGUGUGCACCUACGGCGGAGUGACCCAGCCGAUGAGUCCAGAGGGAAGCAGCCUGUCAGUGGCCUGCAGCCAGCAGUUCACAUGUCAUCAUUCAUCAUUUGACCAGUAAGGUUUGGAGUUAUUCAUUUGACAGCCAAGUUCACGAAAAGUUCUUGUAUUUCAGUUUUAGUUCGGCUGUCGUUAGUUUGUUAUGGACAUAUAAAUGUGUGAGUUGAAUUCCUGUAUAUGUUUCCAAACCCCCAUUUGCUUUUUGUAUUUUUGUUGUUGUUGUUGUUGUUCUGAUAAAUGCCUGACCAUUUGUUACUGUGUUAUUUAUUAAUUUUCUCUGGCAUUUUUCAAUUCUACUAAACUGCUAUGCAAU